GUCAUAGCGCCCUCAACAGUCUGCAAAUAGUGUGUCAAACUCGAUUGUUUUCCUUUCGCGCAUUCAUGAAGUUAAAUCUUUUUGGAGCAGGUGAUAACAUGUGCUCGUAAAGCAGUAUGCUAUAACAUCCUGGUUCUGUGAUAGUCAACGCGGACGUCAUGGCUUCCAUCUAUGAUGAGCAGCGAGGUCGUCUGUGCACGGUCUGCUACCAUCAAUUCUCAUGUCAUGGGAACGCUGUGCCCAGAAUAUUGAUGUGUGGACACAGCUUCUGCACUGGCUGUCUGAGUAGACUGCUUGGCCAGCUAGCCCAUGGCCACAUCCGAUGCCCCACCUGCAAAGGCGACACCCUGGUACCAGGUCUCUCCAAUGACAUCAACAAGCUCUCCAAGAACUUUGGAGUCCUCGAAAUCUUGGAGAGCAUGGAGGAUGGAUCAAGGGGGGCUAAUGGUGCAGCUAUUCCAUUCCCACUUUGCAGUGAUCAUGAUGACGAACCCAUGAAAGUCUUCUGCAUUCAGGACGAUCAUCUGAUAUGCAUCUACUGCCAGGUGUACGGUGCGCAUCAGGGGCACCAGUGUCAGCUGGUAACCAUCUUAGCUGAAGAGAGUCGCAAGACCAUCAGAUCCUACAUAGAGCGUCUCAGCAUCCAGAAGGACAGCAUGGUUGCUGUCAGCCAAGCAGUCAAUGACGCAACAGGAGCUGUGCAGAUUAAGGAGAACAGGCUGAUGUAUGAGAUGACCCAGCAUUUUGAGUUGCUGCGACGUAAGCUGUAUCAGCGUGAGAACCAGGUCAAAAUUAUGCUGCAAAAUAGAACAUCAGCCAAAGUCAUGCUGCUGGAUAAACAAAAAAGGAAACUACGUGAGUUGAUCAGCAAGGUAGACCAGCUGAGCACUUCAUGUCAAUCUGUGCUGACCGGCCCUGACUAUGAGCUAGUCCAACAAAAGACAAAGCUGGAGAAUGAUUUCCAGAGUCUGUCGUCCUCCAUCGAGGACCGUGAUCUCCGUCCAUGCACUAGGGAUGAUCUGCACUGUCACCUAGACCCGUCCAUGGUAGUCCAGGUCUCCGGCCAUGGCAUGCUAGUCAAGGAACCAGUCUAUAGACCACUAUCUACAGAUUUCGUCGCCACUCAGUCGGCUGCUAGUACAUCAACUGCGAGUAGGCCAACUAGGCAGGACGCGGACGUCCAGGAAUUUUUGACAUUGGGUGCUACUGCUGUGGUUGAGUCUGUUGGAUCAGGGGGUGAUGCAGACAGAUGGGAGGGGGACGGUGAGCCCCAAUGGCUAGCAGAACUGCCACCAGGAAUGGAAGUCACUGACCGCAAUAACAGGCAGCAGAGCAGUCAGUCUGACGUGAUAGUCAUAUAUGACGACAUGGACCUAGAAACUGCAGCAAGCAGCAGCAAUAGUAACAACCUACCAGCAGCAGCAGCAGCCACAGCCACAGCAGCAGCCUGCCAGGCAAACACUCAGCACACCCACCAUGGGGCAGCAGGAUCCCCCUCCAGGCAAAGCCACACAAUGGGAAACCUGACCCAGAAACGACCUCGCAAAAAAUUGAGUGCAGGCCAGUUCCUAGGGAGACUCUGUGCCCCUGAUCAAGCACAAGAAUACCCAGACACAAACCAGGACGUUAGCAGCUCCUCGGACGAGGAUGACUGCCCUGACCUGAGCGUAAGCGAACUCAGCGACAUGGAGUUAGAGCGCCCUCUUCGCUCGGCGUGGGCCAAUCGCGGAGGUUGGUCCACCACGGUCGUUGGCACCGGCACCCUUCCAGCCAGUCGUGAUGACACGACCAGUGUUCUGGUGGAGGGUGCGUCUGGGAGUGUGGUUGGGGAUGUGCCAUCAGGGGUGGGUACUGCCGAUGCAGAUGGUGACGAUGUUGCGCUGGAGGAGGGAGAAGAAGCAGCCAUAGUGGUUCAUAGUGGUGGUGAUAGAGUUCAAACAGGAGAAGUUGAGGAGAGGAGGGAUGAAGGCAAUUCGUGGGAGGUCAGUGCAUCCUUGUCCCCACGCCGAGGACGUCGACAGGGUCACUCAUCCUCUCAACACCAAAGAUUUAAGGGUAGCCUGAAGUGCUCCGUGUUUAACUGCACCAGUACCAACUGCAGCUUCUAUGUCCGCUGCAAGAACUGCGGGCGCCUCUUCUGCCAGAAGUGCGUCAACACCUCCAUCAGCGCCCGGCGCUGCUACAAGCGCCCCCGCGGCCACAGCUUCAUAUACAUCCCGGUGAAUCCGGACAAUGCCUCGGCUGUUUUAAACAACAACCAGGUGCUCCAGCGCCUCCACCACUUAAUGCACUACGGCAACAUACAGCGCGGCGGCUGCCUGCGCCAGCAUGACCGCCAGCCUCGAUCCAGACUUGGCUUGGCAGAAUUGCGGACGCUGGCAGUGUCUGACUCCUGGCACUGCAUUCACUGCUGGAUGGAGAACUGGCAACAGAGCGGCAGCCGACAGUGUGUGAGUUGUGGGCAGGUUAACGAGAGUCCACAGGAGGUUGAUCAUGAGAUAGAGUUGAUGACAUUCCCACCAUCACCAGAGGACAGUGUACCAUCAUCCUCAGGUGCGGUUGAUAGAGCACAAGAGGCCGAGGCUCGACAGGAAAAUCCCACUUCUGCCACCGCAAACCAGGAGGCUGAGAUUACACAAGAGAAUUUGGAUUUGGUUUAGAUUCACUUGUUUACAUUGAAGUGGAUCAUGAGACGAGGUUGAUGACGUUCCCUUCUUCCCCAGAUGAUAGUGUGUUAUCAUCCUCAGGUCCUCAAUUUACAAUUCUCUUAUUUGUUUAUAAACAUAUUUUUUGUUUAUUUUAAAGUAAUAUUAGUAUAUGUUUAAAAGUUUAUCAAGCAAUGUCAUUCCAAACAUAUGAAGAAUUAUGGCAGUAUUUAUGUAACGUUAUCAUACUAAGCAAAGUUAAAAUAUGCAAUGCUUAACUUGUUCACUUUGAAUACAUUCUUUAAAAAAAGAGAGAUAUGGAGGAUUAAGAGAAAAAACAAGCCAGGGUAUCUAUGAUUUUGCAGAAUUCAAAACUAAUUUUAUACUUUAAUUUAUGAAUUGGGCAUUUCUUGUUUAAGAUAUACUUUAUAUUUUGUCUCCUGUUUACUUUGUGUUCAAUUUUGAUAAUUCUUUCGAAAAAUUAGGAUGUUCACAUUUUUCAUGUGUUUUUUUAAACACUAGCAGUUUUCAACAGUCUAUACUUAAACUUCAUUGGAAGGUAAUUUGCAAUUUCUGUGCAGUACAAUAUUUGGAUGGGGAGUAUUUUGAACGUGUUGACAUUUGGUUCGAUUUAGUCAUCCCACUUAGUAUUUUAUCAGAAAAUGUUAAUUGACAUUUAUAGACAACUUUUUGUGGUGUCUGUGGCAAAGAUUGGACAGAAUAUUCUGAAAAAGCUAAAAAUGGAACUGUGUCACCCUUUGGUCUGUUAAAUAUAUUGUACACUUUUGGUUUAGUACACUUAUUGUUCAUGACUCCAUUAAUAAGUGUCUUUACUUGCACCUUAUUUAUAAUAGAAAUGUUUGAAUAUUUUAUUCAAACAAUAAUGGCAGCAUUUUGAUAUAUCUUUUGAUUCACAUUAACUUUCUGCUGAACUGGUAUUUGUUGUUAAAAACUGCUUGACGCUGAUAUUGCACAUUACAGAAUUGCACAAAAUAACAUGUAGAAGUAUUAUUUUCUAUUUAAACUCUGUAGUAAAGUAUAAAAAGCAAUGAAAAAUAUCUAGUAUUUAUUUACAGAAAAUUUAAUUGUGAGACUAAUUGUUUCUUCUAUGUACUCACUUAUUCUGUUAAUUUUUGUGAAAAAAAAUUCUGCACCCAUUGUAUUGUGAAAUGUCAAAUAUGUGAAAUCCCUGCAUGAAAAAUAAAUAUUGUGCCAGUUGGCAUUUAUAUAUGAACUGGAA